AUGACGCAACCCACCUCAGUCAUUGCAAAACAGCCAAUAACACCCUCAGCCUCUCACAAGUACAUCAGUGUCAUCCUCGAUCAAGAGCUGCAAUUCAAAGAACAUGUGGCCUAUGCCCUUGGCAAAGGGCAAUUCUGGGCAGCUCAACUGUGGCGGCUAUUGAAACCAAUGCAGGGCAUGCCCCUUCGCUUCUUCUGCCAACUGUACCUAUUAGUCACAGUCUCACACAUACUCUAUGCUGCUGACAUUUGGUGCGCGCCAACCCUGACGAGCACAAAGAACGGACGACGCCCGUCACAGCAUGUGUGGAAACUUAUAGGUGUACAACGCCUGGUAACUAUGCAGAGCCUUGGAGCCCUACGCUCCACAGCAACAGAUCUUCUCGAUGCACAUGCUGACCUACUACCAAUAGAUCUUCUUGUAGAUCAGAUUGUAAUGCACUCUAUGCUACGACUUGUAACCCUCCACCCGAGCAAUCCCAUGUGCGCAGUGGCAAAGAAGACCGCACGCCGCCUUGUCAAACAACACUGUACUGCUCUGCACCACACCUUCCAGAUCUUCAGUGUCGACCCUGACCAGACAGAAACAAUCAAUCCAACUCGACUCAGCCCAAACUGGGAGCCACGGGUGCACAUUGCACCCAGCGCAAAAAAGGUGGUAGAGGAGGCAGAAUCAUGCCAAGAUGGACACAAGAUCUGGAUGGACGGAUCUCUAAUUGACGGAGGAGUUGGAGCUGCAGCAGUUCUGGAGAAAAACGAUGAGCACAAGGCUGUCCUGCGGAAAUACCUUGGGAGCGGCACCGAGCACAUAGUGUUUGAUGGUGAGAACAUCAGCCUCGCACUGGAAUUGGAGCUGGUAUGA